AGUUCUGAUGACCAGCUCCAUUGUGCAUUUGUGCAGAUAACAAACGUAAGGUAUAUCGCACACCCGUCGCCUCAUAUUCUUACAGUUAUCAGUGUGCCACAUAUGCACGUGAUGUGAUGCAGUUUGUAUAAGCAUAUUAUUUGCUCUCUGCCUUUUUCCUUAAACAUUAUUUCACAUAUAAAUUUCUGUGUAGGAGCGGUAAUACCCCUGCCAUUGUUAAUGCUUGUGGACUAGAUAUUAUGUUACUAAACGGUAAUUUGCUUAUUUUAUUAUUGCUGAUAAUUUGUUUUGUUUUCUCAUGUUUUGCCUUUUAUUCAUGCAUUCAACAAGUAUUGAUUGUGCGGUUACUAGUAUUCCAGAUACUUACAAAGACUGUAGCAAUAGAUGUUUUUGUAUAGGUCACAUUUUAGUCUGUUUAGUGCAUAUCACCCAAAGUGACAUCCCAGGGUCAAAAUGAAUUAGCUCUUUCUUAAUUCUUGUAAAACAUUGCCUUAGCCAUCUAAAACUCCUACAUGCUGUGGUGGGUGGUAUGGACUCCCUCAGGACACAGGCCAGGGAGCUCUCUGAUGACAGCGGGGAGCCAAGGGUCCUGGAGGGCUGGGCUGGCUCCGCUCAUCAGAGCACUGGUCUUCUGGCCAGGUGUAGAUUGAGGCUGGGCAGAGGGGCGUUGCUGGUGUCUGUGCCGCCCUGCUCCCAGCCACAGUUUCCCCCUGGGAGCCUGGGGAUGGGACUCUCUAUUGAUGGCACACUGUGGAUAGGUGGUCAGUUCUAGGAGCAGUGGUUGCCUUCACUUUUACAAAAUUUCAGUUAAGAAAAAUAAGUCCUAGAGAUCUGUUGUACAGUGUAGGACCUACAAUUAAUACAACUAUAAUGUAUAAUUAAAAUUUUGCUAAGAGGGUAGGUCUUAUGCUAAAUGUUCUUAUCACACAAAAAUAACAACAGAAAGAGCAGAGAAAGCUUUUGUAGGUGAUAGAGAUGUUUAUGGAAUAGAGUGCGGCGAUGGUUUUCUGGAUGUGCCCCUGUCCUUAAACUCAUCAGGUUGUAGUCUUAAACACGCACAACUUUUUGUCUGUCAAUCAGAUAUCAAUAAAGUGGUUUUUAAAUGGGAGAGAAGUAGAGGGAUUGAAUAUAAAAGGAGAAAAUUAUCUUCUCUCUUGUUUUCCUGAGAGAACAGGCUGUUAUCAAGAUGCAAAGUCAUUUGCGUAUUUGUUCUUUUACAGCUUUCUUCCACCAGAUACUCCACAGGGUUUUCCUUUCAGAAAGAAUUUUAUUUAUUUUAAAAAAUGUUGUUCAGAAAAAUAGAAAAUGUAUUUUCCACAGCAGUUCACUGGGAGCUGUGCCUUAAACUUUCAGCCAGGUUAGUACCAUUUUGAAUCCAUAAGUGGAUUUUAGUCUUUGAUAUUUGGAAAUAUUUGAAUCAUUUCAGAUUUGUGCUGUAUCAGAGGGCAAAGUGCAAAUUUCUGUUACAAUGAGAGAUGUAAGCCGUCACUCAGUGGGUCUCAUCUGGAUCAGUCAGAGAGGUUUUAGUGCAGGGAGGAGCAGCCCCUGCCCCACUUGGCAUGGGAGGCCCCACAGCCCCCAGUGCAGAAGGCUACAUGUCCCUGGUCUGUGGUCCUCAGAGUCUACCGCUCGUGUGAACUGGGGCUCUUGUGAGUAGGUGAGGUGCUGAGACUGUGCCUGCAGCUGCAUAAUUCUUUUGAACCCUGGCAUGCCAGGGUUUCGAGAGGAGAAUGCAUCCCUGUGUGCACUCCUUUCUGGCCCCAUCCCUCUGUUCUGCAGAACCCUGCACCCCGUCUACCCCCACCCCAUCUGUCUGGGAGAAUCUCCAACAACCAGGCCAUUAGAUUUGCCACAUCCCUUAUCUCACCCUGGUGCAGUGCCUGCUGGCCACUGGUCUCCGCCAGCUCCUCUGUCUUCCACUUGGCUAUCAGAAGGGUCUUAAAAAACAAAAAACAGAAGCAUAUCGGCCGUGCUGUUUUUCUGCGGCAGGGUCUCUGCCAGCUCACCUGGCUCACAGUGUUAAGUCCAGAGUCCCUAGCUGAGGACCGAGGACGCGUUCACAGCUUCCUCAGACCCAUCCCCGCUACUCUGUGUCCAGUUUGAGUGACCUCCUCUCUCUAGUCCUGCAUCGUACUGAGGCCUGCACACACCCUCCAUCUGCCUGGAAAAUGCUGUCCUCCAAGGUGCACCUUCCUCCAAGGUGCUGCUCUGUGUUGCGCCCAUAGUGAAGUUGUCUCUGGCUGCUUCACAUCCUCCACUUUCUCCCUGGGUGCCCCACCAGGGGCUUUACCAGCUUUAAUCCUCCACGUUUACACUGGGCUCCCCACGGGGCUGUGUACAGGACUCAUGGUCUGAGGCACCAAGUAGAUGCCUGUCCGGCCCUCGUCCUCAGGCUGGGUGAACUGCAGGAGCUCCCAGGUUUGCAGCCUGGUAAACCAGGGUCGCGAUGCAUCACAACCACAGUCACAGCCUGGAGCACAGACCUGCCUGAAUUGCUGUCUUGGUCCAUAUUUACUACACACCUGGUGAGAUGCCUGCAGGAGCUCAGAACACCGCACAGCCUGGACGCCCGCUCUCAGUCACCGCUGCAUGCAUAGCUCCAGCACCCGUGUGAGCUUUGGCACAAACAGCUCUAUAGUGAGUGACCAUCAUGAGUGCAAGGGAGAGAAAGUCGAGAAUGCUAGGAAACCGUGUAGGUAGGAGACUCCAUCUGGUGCACAACUCCAGGAAGGCUUCCCACAGAAGAGCCAUUUGGAUUAAGAAUAAGUAAGCCCCCAGCUCCCUAGAGUGAGCGGCUGCUGGUCCCAGCGCAUCUUCUCUGACCAAAAUGUAGACUUGGUUUGCCAUCACUUUUUCAUUUUAUACUUCUUGCAGGCCUGCAGUGGUGUGGCUGAUCCCAGGAUAUCCAGACUGUCAUAUGAAAGUAGGCUCCCAGGGCUCCUGGGAGUGUACAGUUUCCAUCAUUUCCCUGCCAGGUCCAGGGCCGGAUCAUUUGUUAACAGUGCUGAGCUUGGGAAGAAUUCAGCUGCUUCCUAGACAGAGUAAUAGUGAACACAAGAAUGGGGUCAGCAGGGUCCUGCCUGCUGUUGGUCUGGACACCCACCUCCUCUGGGGGUGGCUUCACCCUGCUGCAGCUGUCUGCUCAGAUCCCAUACUAUCUGUCGCGUGGGCCCUGGGAGCGUGGGGACUGAGGAGGGCCACACAGAGGUUGGCAGUCCAGGGAGAGAGAGGAGCCGAGGGAUCCCAAUGUCCCAUGUGGUCCACAGGGAAAAUGUCAUGCCCGAGGCUGCCCGGGCAGUGCCAAGGUGUGCAGGCAUCUGCACAAAGCAGGGUGAGUGUUAGUGAAUUUUCGGCAGAGCCUCAUUUCUCCUCUGCUGGUCUGAGAGGGGAAGUGGGUUUAGGCGUGGGAUACCUGUUAAUGAAGAUGAAAAGCAGAGGGAUUUAGAGGACCCAGACUCAUCCACUGUGUUAGGGGAGGGCAGUGGCUCAUACUGUGGGGUGCAGGGGGGCUCGCGUGGCACUCCUGCUGGGACAAGCAUCACUGAUGAGCAUGGGAAAGCAGAGAAUCUGUGCAUUGCAGAGGCUCCUGGUCGGGGAGGGGAGGAAAUUGGCAGCAUCGUGGUCGUGGGGGUUGGUGUGGGUUGGGGCAGGACUCUGAACGUGGUGGAAAGGGGCUGGCAAAGUCAGCAUGAGGCUGAGGUUCAGAGGUGGGGCUCCAAGGCCAGCCCAGGAACCAGGACCCAAAGGCUGCAGCUGCUGGCCGCAGGGCUCAGGGCCUGGCUGGAUUGUGCAGAGGCUGAAAAGUGGGAGGAGUGUGGAGUAGCUGUGGUUUGAGGAAGAGGCCCUGGUCAGGGAGUUAAGAGGCCUGAGGUCUGUGAGACCCAGUGUAGGCCACGGUCCCUUCUAAACCUCAGCACCUUAACUGCAAAACGAAACGGUUUGCAGAAAAGCACUUCUCAUUCUAUGUAAUCUAUGCAUAUAGUAUCAGCCAAGAUGCAGCAGCAGCAGAAAGUCAGAGCUCCUUAAAUGCCCAACCCCAAAUCCUUCCCCAUCAGGAUGCUGGCAGGGUCCCACCUACAUGUUCUCCUAGGUAGAGAGGAAAAAUUGUCUUCAUUCGUUUAUUCACUUCAUUCGUUCAUUCACUCUGAAAACGUGAGCUAAUUAGCUCCAGCCACUGUGUUCACACAGGUGGAGGGUGUGAGUGAGAAUCCUCCCUGCUCUUUAGGAACUGUAGGGUGGAGAAAAUGGAAAAGCCUAGGCUGAGGCAGCACUGUAGGCCUGGGGGAAGGAGGGGCUGGCUGGCAGGAGGUGGCCUCAGCUGCGUGUGGUGCCCCUGUGAUUGAAUGUGGCAAGUGGGUAGUUAAGGGAGCUCCAAAGGAAACGAUGAUUGAAUUAUGGUCCAUCUUCUUUGUGGAAUAUUAUGUGGCCACUAAAGGUCAUAGUCAAGAUGACAGUUUACUGGUACGGCAAGACCAUCAAGGUGCAGUUAGGGAAGAGAGCAUUGGAUAAUGUUUUUUGUGAAAUGGUCAUGAGGCUAGCCAGGCCCAGUGACAAACACCUGCAGUCCCAGCCUCAGUCUCACCUGCAGUCUCAGGUGAGGUGAGAGGAUGGGCUGAGGCCAAGAGCUCAAGACUGUAGUGAUUAUGCCUGUGAAUAGCCACUGUCCUCCAGCCUGGGCAGCAUAGCUUGACCCUGCCUCUAAAAAAUGGUCCUGAGUUCCACUAGAGAAUCCCACAGAUGCAUAGAGAUUGCAGAGGACAGUCAACAAUGAAAUCUGUGGUGUUAAUGUGAUUUAAGUUUUCUUUUAAAAUGAUUUCCUUAAUGUGACUGAAGUAGAUGGAGUUUUCCCAUCGACAGAUAGUUUUUUUCCUUUCCAGCAGCCAUUUGUGGUGAGUUCAUUUAUGGGUUUCUGACUAUUCGUUUUCAUGUCUCAAUCCUGUAAUAAGUCUGUCAGCCUGCAGUGACUAAAUGACACCAACUGAGAGAAAAUGGAAAUAGUAGGGAGGGUGUUUUGACAGUUUAAUUACCCUCAAGUCAUAGCCCAAGCACAAAUAGGGCUGCUUCGGUUGUGAGGACAUCUGGCUUCAGAACUGGUGGAAUGCGUGCCAUUCUUUUCCAGUGCGACGGUGCUUCUGAGGUGCGGGGAUGAUGAUGGGACAGCCCUGCAGGCCACCUCUCCCUGUUCUUCAGCCCCUGGGGCUCCGACAUUUUCGUUCUGGGUUUUUUCCUGAAGAAACAGGAGGGCAGAGGGAUCCAGGGUGUGUGGCCAUGGGGGUUUUGUAAGGGUCUGUUGCAUUGUGGGGUCUCACACUCAUUGCGUGCCCUGUGCUGCCCUGGGCAGCAGCCUUCAGGAUAGAGAUUUUUUGAGUUUAUGGUUUUGCUGAAAUCAACUGGGAAUACUUUUUUGUUUACAAAUCACAAAUGCCAGUCUGUUCAUACAUUCUCAUAGUUACCAGAAUAUUCCUUACCCGUUCAUCCCUGAUAGCAGAAGGAAACUGGCUGAUCAGGGUCAGGAUGAGGGGGUGUGGGUGUGGGAACUGUCUUACUUGGUGAGGGCCUCCCAAUAUGGCGGGCCUCCUCACCAGCGGGAAUGUGUUUCCACAAAGUCCUCCAGCUCUGUCCAUCUGACAUUCCAUCUCUGUCUCCGUUAUUCUUACUCAGCACUUCUCUUUCCAGCCCCCGUGCUGCCCCUCCCCUCCCUGUGACCUCUGCCUUGCUGUUACGGUUUGCACAACCCAGUUUGUGUAAAGUGGAUACAUCUAGAAUGUUCUGCCCUACAAAAGUGGCAGCUGUUUUUUUUUUCCAUGUGAAAGCAUUUAAUGUCCUUAGCCACUAUAAAUAAUGAUAGAUAACGCACUUUGCACAGACUGUAUUUCAAAAAGAAUUUUUUACAGCCUGCCCUGUUGGUAGGCAAUUUCUGUUGUUACAUUACUCAAAACAAAGCUUGCACAUCUGUGAUCUUUGAUCAGUGGGAACAGAAACUUACAGCAGAUUUAAGUCCCUUGCCCGCUGUCCUCUGCUUCGCCAGUGGUGGGGCUGAGGUGGAGCCCGAGCUCCUGGCCCAUCCUCGUCCACUUAUAGGUGCCUGCAUCUGGAGGGGCGCACUGCUCGCACCAGGGGUCUCCCUCAUGUUUGCUCACAUGGGCCUCUGCGUCCGACAGGCACCCCCCUAGCCUUGCUGGCUGCGUUCCUCUGGGAAGCAGAGCCUCCUUCAGAUCCCACAGCUCCCAAGUCUACCAUUGCACUUUUCUCCCUAAAUGUAUUAAUAUUUGAAAUGGCUGCUUCCGGGACUUCCGAGGGGUGGAUGAGGGAAAAUGUGGGCCAAACAAGACCGGAGGCUCCUUGUUGCGACGAGGCCUGCAGCCCCAUGUGAAGUCCCUGUGCCUACACGUCCAACCUGCCGUCUGUCACUAAGUGCUCUGUGAGCAUACUGUGUGCGUGUCCCGUGUGCGGGCGCCCUGUGUGGGGGCAUGGUGCAGCCACAGGACAGCCGGGGUGAUGAGGCAGCUGUCCCUGGGAUGAGGACAGGAUGACAGUGACUUCUGACCUCCUCUCAUAGAAAAACGUGGAUGCCGCACCACCCAAAGUGAAAGGCUGAAGUUGGAAGUCCCUUUUAUCAUACAUGUUCAAAUUGCCUGUGGAAAUGCAGCAGAAAUAUGACAUGCAUUUCCAUUCUAUCUGCCUUUUACCCUCUCAACCUUAAAUCUACUUUUAGUUCUCUGAAGACUUCUAAUGACUUGGGAAAAUACUUUUAAAGGAUGUGAAGUGGUGUUUUUCUGUCUGCUGUUUGCUGAGUAUCAGUAUUUUAAGCCUUGGUUCCCUGUGGAGGAGAAGUUGGCGGUGGGGAGGUGGGCUGGCUGCUUAGAUGAGGCCUGCACACGUGAUGAUGACUACUGAAAACAAAGCGCGGUGCUUAACUGGGCGUGUGGCCACGGGGAUUUGUUAUUAAUUACCUUUGAUCUAACUUAGGCGAAACGGAGAACAAAAUUAUAGGGUCACAGAAUCCCAGGUCUAGUCAUAAACAAACAAACAAAAAUAAGUCCUGCACAGUUUUAAAAUGUUUCCACUAAUUAUGCUUCUGGGAGCAGUGCUGGUUUUCUUGUGCUGAGACCGCCUCGCGUGCUGUGGGCUGACGUGGGCUUGUGUGUUGACAGCGGGAGAAGGUGCAUACUGGAUUCAUGUCCCGGGGCUGCCCUCACAAAGUGCUACACAGACUGAUGGCUUAAAACAGCAGGAAUGUGUCUUCCCCCAGUUCUAGAGGCCAGAAGUCGGCGUGUCAGUGGGGGUAGGUUGCUUCUGGAGACUCUGAGGGAGAAUGAACGCAUACUUGUUUACAGUAUUCUAAACAUCUUUUACAGUAACCGUUGUCUUUGUAGUUAUUUCUCUCUCUUCAUUCUGUUUCUGGGGUGCCUCUUCUCCUUUUCCUUAAUUAGUUUUGCUACAUAUUCAUUGUAUUAUUUCAGGGAAAAAAUGUCAAAAGAAUCUCAAGGCUGGAUGGAAUUUUCAAGGGCACCCAUCCCAAGCUCACUCCGUGCCAAUAAUCUCCUUACUCCACACCCGGCUGGCCGGCACAGAGACCAUCCCACUGAGGACAUGGUGCUGUCCUCAGCAGCUCCAGCCUGCACUUCUACCCACCCCCAGCGCCUGUGCUUCUCCAGGUUCAGUGAAGAAAGACUGGCGAGGGGUUGGAAGGAGGCUCACGAGGCUGAAUCUCCACAAAGUCAUGUCUGAUGUGUUUGACAGCUCCUGGGAUGUCUCUACAGUAGCUCCUCUUGAAAUCUAAAGCAACAUGUCCACAUUCUAAACCACUGUCAAAGAUAGUAACAGAAGUUAAAAAGUGGGGAGAGGGCAGGGAAACAGACUAGAUAAGAAACAGCAAGGAAACAAAAACAAAACGUGACAGAGGAAGAUCAUCCACAGUCUAUGGCAGUGAAGAGGAAUGUGUUAACACUCCUCUGUAAGAAGAAAAAGACGGCUGGGCGUGGUGGCUCACGCCUGUAAUCCCAGCACUUUGGGGAGGCUGAGGCAGGGGGAUUACCUGAGGUCAGGAGUUUGAGACCAGCCUGACCAAUAUGAUGAAACCCCAUCUCUACUAAAAAUACAAAAAUUAGCCGAGCAUGGUGGCAUGCACCUCUAAUCCCAGCUACUCAGGAGGCUGAGACAGGAGAAUUGCUUGAACCCAGGAGGCGGAGGUUGCAGUGAUCUGAUUGCGCCAUUGCACUCCAACCUAGGCAACAAGAGCGAAAUUCCAUCUCAAAAAAAAAGAAAAAAGGACAUGUUGUGUUAAAAUCAAAAUUCAAGUAUGUUCUGCUUUAACGAGAGAGGCUAAAGAGCAUGCAUGACAUGGGGAACUAGCAGGAAUUCACCAGGAAGGAUUAGCAAAGAAGGGGCGAGAUCAAAGGUGACUUGAGAGCCACACAGGAGAACUUUUGGAGAGAAUCAUAAACCUAAGCAAAGGAACCUGAGAGAGAGCUGUAAGAGGCACUGUCCUACUUGACCAGGGUGGGGCAUUGGGGAGGUGAGGACAGAGCACGUAUGGGGUCCUUCCUGGGCCCAGAGCUCAUGGAACUUACUGAAGGGUUGAGUGAAGGGAGGGACCUAUCCUUCAUGACUCAGAUUCCUCCUCUGUAAGGAAGGAUGGUAAUCAUAACAUGAUAUGAAGAUCCAUAGACGCUUAUCAAGUGCCUCGCACAUGCUACUCAAAUUACAGCCUGAAGACAUGCAUGCUCCCUGGAGCCUGUUAGAAAUGCAGGCUCUCCCUCACCCCAGCCCCACUCAGAGCCACUGAGUCAAGGUCUGUAUUUCAGCAAGGUCCCCAGGUGAUGCAGGAUGCCCCCUGCACUGAGAAGUGCUACAGGUUUGAUGAAGACACGAACAUUGAAGGAUGGACUGUGCUGGCCACAGUCCUGUAAGUUCAGCAUUAAGAAUAGUGUGAGCACCUGUGAACUCUGCACGGCCGGAGUGAAAGUUAGUGUUCAUCUCUUGGAAUAACAUGACUGCUUUUGUUCUAAUUUUUGGCAGAUGCUCGAGGAUCUGCUCUGUGGGAUGCACUGGAAUUCUCUCUACUAACACAGUUAUUUUUGCUUUUGUUUAAAAAAAAAGCAGCAAGCAAAACUAUUGUCUUCACUCAACUUCUGGUAUAUACAGCUAGGAAAGAAAAAGUGAAAACUUUUAGUGUGGGGGUUUCAUUUUCUACUUAAUCUUGCUCACCAAAUUUGUGCCUUUUCUUGUGGGACAUCAGGGCCCCGAUGUCCUAAAGCAAUGUUAACCUGCAUCUCAGCUGUGUUUCAAGUGUGUGGUCUUCUGUAAACCCUAACAGGUUGGCCUGAAGGCUGGGUACCUCAUACCCACGUCUUUUAACUCCCUUCCUCCUCUCUUCCCCAGAAGGCAGUAGCAGCAGGUUCUUUUUUGUAAUGGAUAAUGUAUGUACCUCAAGAGGAAAUGUACAGUGUAUACAGUGGAAGAAGAAAUACGCAGUCUGCAGUCCAGUUCCCUUCUUCCCACUUACCAGUUUUUUGUGUGUAUGAGAGAAAUAUUCCAUAGAUUUAGUAAUAUAUGCAUAUGAAAAGGAAGUCCUUUUAAUCUGGAUAAAAAUCACCUUUUAUAAAAGGUGAAGAUUUAAUAGUCAUGUCUUAAAUUAAUUUUCAAAGUAUAUAAAACAAAAAUGUAAAAAUAAGACAGAGUGAUGGAAACUGUAGGAGUGUCAAUGCAUUGCUAUUAAACUGAUCAAGAUAUAAAAAUAAAUGGAACAUUUGAAAGAAGCUCUUAGAUUUCGCACUGCAAAGGUGUCUGAAUACGUUUAUAGAAGUAGAAGCUGCAUACCUCCGGAUACUAGGGGCUUUGUUUUAAACUUCGUGCCUCUCUGGCGAUUUUGGGAAAGUUGAUCAGUUCUCUGAGCCUCAAGCCCCUGAAGCUGGGAUCCUAAGAGUACUUCCUUCAUGUCCCCUGCUGAGCACAGGCCGGAGAGUCAGCACUCAGUGAGGGGCAGCAGUUACCACUCCCAGUAGGAUACCUGAAGUUUGUAGAUGUCUGUAAAUGAACAAAUGCGUGCUCUGCACCCACUUGGAAAUGAAAGACUACUCCCAUAAAUUAUGUAUUGAGUCAAAAAAGUGGGAGUGGAGGACCCUGCAGGGCUGAUUCUUUCCUCCACCCUCUUUCCAGGCUCCACCUCUGUUCUUCCAGGGCUCGGGCCAGGAGCCUUGGGGCCAGUUGGCCUUUUCUCUCGACACUACCCUGGCUGCCACCACCCUUUGUUGAGAGCCUCCCUGCUGGUUCUCUUGCUGCCCCUUGUUUCCAGCAAGGCAGCCAGUGUCACAACAGGAGCCAGGGCUUGUGCUCCCAGCACUCCCAUGGACACACUGUGCCCACAGAAGCACUUUGAGAGGCCAAGGAGGCCCUCUCUUCUCUCAGCACCCCUCCUAGCUGCCCAGUGGGCUCUGACCUCUUCUGCUGCCCCUCCUGGCUCACUCCCCUCCUGCCACUCACUGGCCUGUGGCUUGUCCUGAGACCCUCCAGACAGCCAUUCAACCAUCAGGAAGGAGAAACAAAAUUAUUACUAUUUGUAAACAGUUUAUCAGUACUUACCUAAAAAUCCUGGAGAAUGAGCUCAGAAAUAUUAUUAAGGGUUGAGACAGUUUAGCAAAAUGAGCAGAUACAACCUCAAACCACACCAAACUAGAAAGCUCAGAGGACACAGAAAUGCCAGUACUGAGCUGGCAACAUGUCUGUUGUUUGUGAAAAUGUUCUCUGGAAGAGGUAGUUCAAGGCUUUUGGCUACAAGUAACACAUACCCCAAUUCAGCCAGCUUCAAAAAUAAGAAAGAAUUAUCUCUUAUGAUAGAAAGUCACAUAGAGGAAGGGCCCUGGUUUAACUGCAUGGCUCAGCAACAUCCUCGGGCUGGGCUCCUUCCAUGGGCCCCUGCUGCGCCCCUCAGCUCCUCCCCCUCCAUCUCCUCCCCCUCCAUCUCCUCCCCCUCCAGCUCUCCUUCCUGGCAGAGAGGUCCGCCUGGGUCCUCACAGAUGCAAGAGUGUACACUGGAAGGAGAGUCCCUUGGGCACAUUGUAUAAUUUAUUUGGGUUUCCGCUUUUGAAUCUAUAAAAUGGAAAUUGUGUGUAUCUCAUAGCAUUCCUCUGUGGCUAGAAUGACAGGCUGUAUGUGAGAUACUUGGAUCUGUGGGGAAAAUGCACUUAGCAUGUCACAGGACCCUGAGGUCCUAGUUCUCUUCCAUGCUUCCUGCACUGAGAGGUACUUGGUCAGAGGCAGGCAAUCUGAAUGCUCUCCCCAACAUCCAGUCAGUUCUCAUUUAUCUUGGUCUUUCAUUUUCCCUCACCCAUUUUUUUUUUUCUUUUCCUUUCAGUUUGCAAACCAUUCUCCUUGGGAGAGAAUACCAUUUAAGGUAGUUUAUUUUGUUAGUUGUUUUAUUUCUUAAUCUUCUUUAUUCUCUGUGCACAUGCAAAGCCCCUUUUUUUGGCUAGAGUCGUUGCUUCAAGCUGCAGCUCCCUUGGGCUUUGUUUUCCUGACUUCAUUCUGUAUUUGUUCCUGGUAAUAACCUCAUUUUGUAAUUUUGCUCUUUAGUCACAGGGCUUCAUUUGGAACACUCACAUUUUUGUUGUCGCCAUGCUUAUUUGUGAUUGUGGAGUUGAGGUUUUGACUUUAAGGUGCUUUUGAUGCCAGAGCCAUGUGCCAUAGAAUCACCUGUGCGUUUGUGGGAACGUCUUUGCCGUGAUCUCUCUGAAGUCUGUGGGCACAUUCCAGGCCCUGCUGGCCUUCUGUCCGCGGGCUUCAUGCAGGGAAUGAAGUGUCCUUGCUUUCUCUUUCCUGAGUAAGUCUCUGCCUCUGUGAGAACUGGGUCUACCUUCUCUCGGUUGCUUUUCUCUGUGAGAGCCUGAAUGGUAAGCAUGGCCAGCGUCCUGCGAGGACGCUGUGCCCCAUGUGCCCUGGGUUGGGAGGGGCUGACUAAAAUGAUGCCAAAUGAGCAGAAGCUGAGCAGCUGCCUGGGUCAGCGCGGCCUCUGCGUGCUGCUUUCCCGGCCGCACUGCCUCCACCUGGCCAGGGUCCCUCAGCUGCUUACAUGAGGCUCCGGCCUCCGGCCCUGCUGCCCUUUAACCUCAACUGCAGCCUCUCCAGUGUGGUCACCAGUUUUUUCACCUGAGGGUUCAUGUUCUUGACAAGUACACAGUUUAUUCACCUCCUAUCCAUUCUCUUUUAUAUUCCAAAUAGCUCUCCAUCUCCAUGUUCAAAUAUUUCAAUCCCAUCUCACCAAUUCCUGGCGGGAUCCAUCACUGCAGCUGUGAACACGCAUAUACCCACUGGAUUGGAUGCAGGUGCUGGCGUUUCUGGUUCUGCAGCGUGAGUGGCCACAUUGCAAACAUAGCCUGGCCGCGUCUCUGCGACAAAGACCACACUCCCGCCCCUCCCUCACCUGCAGCAGGGGGUUGGGCUCGUCCCCUCAACAGGAGCCACGGGCUUGGCACAGGCUUGCUGAGUGGGGCAGCCAGUCACUCCUGUCAUGUCAGAAACAGGAGCCCAGCAGCCGGGGCCACCCUAUUACACCGACCCAGGAGGACCGGGGAUGAACCCUGUCGGCAAUUCCAUGGCAAUGGCUUUCCAGGUCCCACCCAACUCACCCCAGGGGAGUGUGGCCUGCCCGCCCCCUCCAGCCUACUGCAACACGCCUCCGCCCCCGUACGAACAGGUAGUGAAGGCCAAGUAGCGGGGUGCCCACGUGCAAGAGGAGAGGCAGGAGAGGGCCUUUCCCCGGCCUUUUUGUCCCCGUUGAUGUUCACUUCCAGGAAUGGUCUCAUGGGCCGCUAAGGGCAGUUCCUCUGAUGUCCUCACAGCAAGCACAGCUCUCUUUCAGGUUUUCCAUGCAGGACAAUAUAUGAACUCACCCUGUGUCUCCUCUGUUGCUUCUGUUUCUGAGGCAGUCUGUGCUCUCAGGUGGUAGUGUGGUGAUAGUCCCUGAGGGCUGAUGUCCUUACGAUGGCGUGACCAGAUCUUCAGGAGAGAGACUGAGAGGAAGAAGGCAGUGCUGGAGGUGCAGGUGGCAUGUGGAGGGGCCAGACCAAGCGUCCCAGGCAAGCAUCCUUCUGCCAGGUAUUAAUAGGAAGCCCCACGCCGGGCAGCUCAGCCAACGAAGCAGCAGCCGGCUGAGCUGAACCCAGCAGGUCGUCUGCUCCAGCCUGUCCUCUCGUCAGCCUUCCUCUUCCAGAAGCUGUUGGAGAGACAUUCAGGAGAGAGCAAGCCCCUUGUCAUGUUUCUGUCUCUGUUCAUAUCCUAAAGAUAAGACUUCUCCUGCACCGCCAGGGAAGGGUAGCGCGUGCGGCUCUCACCGCACCAUGGGGCCUAGAAUCAGGCUCGCCUUGGAGGCCUGACAGUGAUCCAACGUCCACUAAGCAAAGUUAUUUAAAUUCACGGGAAAUCACUUCCUGCCCUAAACUAAGACAUUGCAUUUUGUGAGCUCUUGGUCUGAUUUGGAGAAAGGACUGUUACCCUUUCUUUCGGUGUGUUUAUGGAAGUGUAUGUAGAGCGUCCUGCCCUUUGAGAUCAGACUGGGUGUGUGUUUUCCAGUCUGAUCUGAUUCCAGUGGACAUCACUGCCUCUCCAGGGCAUUCUCAGGCCCGGGAGUCUCCUUCCCUCAGGCAGCUCCAGUGGUGGGUUCUGAAGGGCGCUUUCAAAGCACGGGGCACAUCUGGCUGGGAAGUCACUUGGACCCUUCCAGGGAGAGAGACCAGCUGAGGCGUCUCUCUGUGAGGUUGUAUUGGGUCUAAGCAGGUGUGUGCUGGGCUCCAAGGAGGAGGAGCUUGCUGGGAAAAGACAUGACUGCUCUGACCAUGUUGUUAUAAUUAGAAUAAGAAGAUGUGGUUGGAAAUGCACAUUCCUAGAUAGGAAUCACAGCUUACCCCAGGAUCUCACAGAUAGUCUCCUGAGUAGUUGAUGGCUAGCAGGGAGCUAGCUCUGUUCUGCCGCGUAUAGUGUUGAUGUGUGAACCCUGACCUGUCCUGUGUGCUAAGAGCUAUGCAGCUUAGCCAAGGCGCCUAGAUUACUAGAUGUGCUGUAUCACGGGGAAUGAGGUGGGGGUGCUUAUGUUUUAAUGAAUUAAUCAGAGCCUCUUGAGAAAUUGUUACUCAUUGAACUGGAGCAUCAAGACCUCUCACGGAAGUGGAUACGGAGUGGUUUGGUGUCCGUGCUUUUCACUCUGAGGACAUUGAAUUGGAGAACCUCCUGGGGAAUUUUGUGGGAAACACUUGGGAACAAAACAGACACCCUGGGAAUGCAGUUGCAAGCACAGAUGCUGCCACCAGUGUCUCUGACCACCCUGGUGUGACUGCUGACUGCCAGGGUGGUACCUCCCAUGCUGCAGGCCUACAUCUAAAUGAGACAACAAAGCACAAUGUUCACUGUUUACAAUCAAGACAACUACGUGGGUCCAAACACUCCUCUUUCUCCAGGUCAUUUGUUUUGCAUUUUUAAUGUCGGUUUCUCCCUUUAUUUUUUGUAAUGAAAAAGCACACUAAGAGCUGCCCCUGGAAUCGGGUACAGCCGAAUAGGCACUCAAAGGUCCGUGACUAAAUUUCGUUUAUCUUUUUGAUAGCAAAUGAUGUUAAGAGACAGUGAUGGUUAGGGCUCAACAAUUUUGUAUUCCCAUGUUUGUGUGAGACAGAUUUUGUUUUCCCUUGAACUUGAUUAGAAUUGUGCUACUGUGAACACUGAUCCUGCAUAUGGAAGUCCCACUUCGGUGACAUUUCCUGGCCAUUCUUGUUUCCAUUGUGUAGAUGGUGGGUUGUGCCCACCUCCUGGAGUGAGACAGCUCCUGGUGUGUGGAAUUCCUGGAGCGUCCGUGGUUCAGAGUAAACUUGAAGCAGAUCUGUGCAUGCUUUUCCUCUGCGACAGUUGGCUCAUUUCUCUUUUUCUCUUUUGAUAGGAUCCUGUUUCCUACGUGUGCAAAAUAAAAAUAAAUUUGGGCAUG